CUGCGCGGGCCCUGGGACGAGCCGAAGGGCGAGGCCGUGGGCGAGCACACCUUCUACCACAGCUACAGGUGCAAGGGCGACGUGUGGGGGUUCCUGGCCGCCACGGGGCAGCAUCCCUGGCCACGGCAGGUGGAGGAGGCCAGGAAGUCCCUGACGGCAAUGGGGAUCCCCUGCGACGACGUGUCCAGUCUCAGCGCAUACUUCGCCGCCCAGCCCUUCGAGGAGCUGCAGUCGAAGCUCAGGGACAAGGGGUUCACGUUUAUCCGCAUCGGCAGCUUCAACGACCUGAACCGCGAGCCCCAGCCCGAGCACAAGACCUUCCGAUUCGUGAAGACGCUCGCCGAGCAGAACCCGUCGGGGCGGGACGUGACCUACUUUGGAAACUCUGUGCGCUCCAGGAACUGGCAGGUCCAGGAGCUGCCCGAGCUGCCCAAGUACGGAAGGGACACGCGCGCCGUCCUCCUGGACGUUUGCGGGCUGCCGCCCCGGAAGGUCGACUGCAUGCUGGCCGGGGGCAAGUCCGCCGCGUCGUCGCUCGGGGCCGUCUUCCCCGACUCCAGCGGGGUCUGGGAGCUGGCCGGCGUCACCGAGAAGGCCUCGUCCCCGCUGAUUCCGGGCAGGUUCUGGUGCGGCAGCGCGGCGGUCGACUCGCACGCGUCCGCGACGCCCGAGGACGUCGCGGAGAGGCUCGCGCUGCAGCUCGCCCAGGAGUACGAGGGCAGGCUGAGGGAGGCCUCCCUGCUCGUGGUGUUCGCCUCCUCCGGAGGGCGGGCCCGGCUCGAGGCCAUCGUGCGGGCGCUGGCGGCGAAGGCCGGCGGCGGCCAGCUCGCCGUGCACGGCGGCCACUCGCAGAGCGGCGUCGCCACGGAGGCUGGCGUCGGCACCGCGGGCGUGGCCGCGUUCGUCGUCGCCGACACGAAGGGCCGCUACGCCUCGGGCGAGUGCAUGGUCGCCCCCGGCGAGGGGGACCCGGAGGCAGGCCGAGUUGCCGGCAAGGCCGCCGCGGAGCAGGCACUGCAGCGGGCCGGGCUGACGGCCGAGAGGCUCAAGGCCGAGCCGCCCGCGUUCGCGCUCUUCGCUUGCUCCGCGGCGGGGAUGGAGGAGCAGGCGCUUCUGGGCAUGCAGGACAUUUUGGGAGAGACGCCCAUUUUCGGAGGCACGUGCGGGGACACGGCCGACGGGGACUUCGUUAUCACGCCAGGGCUGGCGGCCGCUUCGAGCACCGUCUGCGUGACCCUCGCCUGGCCCACCGUGCCAACCUUCACGAGGCUUAGCGCACUGCACUCUGACAUCAUUGCCGAGGGCACGGUGACCAAGGUGAGCAACUUUGGACGGACCAUUGAGACGAUUGAUGGCAAGCCCGCGUUCGACGUUUACAAGACAUGGAGCGAGGCCUCCGGCAGAAGCCCCUCGAGUGGCAUCUCGAUGCACCUGGACCCAGACUCUGCGAUGUACCCCCUGGCCGAGCCCCACAAGGAUGCGUCCGGCGCCCCGUGCUACAAGAUGCUCCUCCCACGGGCGGGAAAGGUUGGCGGCGGGCUGGACCUGUUCACGUCGAUGCAGGACGGCGACAGGGUCGUCAUGAUGAAGUCGACGAAGGACGGGCUGGCCUCCACGAUCGAGCGCUUCACGUCCGGCCACGGGCCCCUGGCCGACAGGAGCGUCUCUGGCGGCCUCUUCACGAUGAGCGCCGCCGUCGCGAGCAUGCUCGGGGAGGAGGGUACGUCCGACGCCGUGGACCGCCUCGUGAGCAACCUGGGGGGCUGCCCCGUGGCGGUGCAGAUCUCCCUUGGGCAGGUGGGGCCGGCCGGCUUCCGGGACCGCACGACGGGCGAGCCCGACGGGUCCGACAACGGCCCGAACAGGCACGGCAACCUGAUGCUGAACAUGCUCCUGUUCGGAUCCCCAGAGCCGUCUAUAGUAGGAGGCAUCUCCUCCAAGGUCGCGGGGACGAUUGGCAGCAUUACGGGGAAGGUAGGCAAGAUAGAUCAGGUAGCAGCUCAGCGCAUUGAAGCCCUUUCAGGUAAGGUGACCAGCUUGGCAGACCAGGUUUCGUCAAAGAUAAAGAUGUGA